AUGGCCCAGCAGAAGCAGAAGCCCGCCCUCGAGGGCGUCCACAUCCACUACGCAGACGACGCCCGCAAGAUCUUCCACGCCGUGAUGCAGAACAAGCUGCAGUCCGUCACAAAGCACCUCAACGCGGAGGAGUGCGCGGCCCCCAAGGAAGGCGACGUCUAUGUCUGGGUACCCCAGAGCCUCGCCGGCGAUGCAUACAGCCCUCACAUGGAGUGCUUCACCGAAGGCGAGUCCUGGACAGCCUCGCGUCACUCCCCGGACAAGACGAAGGGACGGGGAGGUACCGCACAGAGAACCGAGUUCUUAGGAGACCGUAUCGUCAGCCAGGGCAAACGCGACCACUUCAUCAAGCAGACCUACUCUGUCUACUACAACCAUUCCGCCAACGCGCAACCGUCGCCGGAUGGGGGAGACGCGUACUUCACAAACCUGACCGAUGGCCAGCUGGAAAAGAUCGACGACAUCGAAGACCUCCGCGAGCUUACAGCCCCAGGGGUUAUAUUCAGAGAAGAAGUAUCCAUGCAGGCCCCGAAGAGAUUGCGAAGCCCUGCGCUAGCUUUCUGGAAAGCGAUGACAUUCUCCUCAAGACCGCCCCCGGCGCUGUCGAGUGGUAGUAGUGGGCACAGUGCGCACCACGGCUUCCCCGGCCCGUAUUACGGAGACGAAGAAACGGCAAAGCUGUGCGGACGGUUCGUGCCGCGUUCAUUUGCGCGCCCCGACCUUCCGCCGUUGUUCACCGCCAACCCGCCAGCGCUGUCGCCGCCCCUCGCGCUGUUCAUUGCAUACGCCCUUCGUCGAACUCGACUCCACACUUUCACACUUCCGUCACCCUUCGCCGCCCUCUACCUGCUCACUGGUUACAUGACUUCAAAGCGCGCUUCAUUCCUGAGCUCACCGAUGGAUUGCAGCUUGCUUCUCGACCCGGGCCCGAUUCGAGCGUGCACGCAUACGAUAAUCCGCGACGAGACAUGUUAUAAUGCAGCCCGCGGCGGGAAGAUACGCAAGUGGGAGGGACCGCUGGGCCAGUGCAACUGUGUACCACGCACGCUUGCAGCACCAGCAUUGUGA